UCCAGGGGUUAGCAUUGUCGAAAUAUAAGUCACGUUCUUUCGUUCCGCGUAUUAAGAAAUAAAAAAAAGUAAUAAUAGAAAACAAUGUUUUUAAAAGGAAAUAAUUGCUAUUAAGUAUUUUGUGUGAUUAUUUUGUAAUAAUUUGUUUAAAAUUUUACAAAAUUCUGUGAAUUAUCAAAUGUUGCUUCACAAUUUAAAAUUCAUUCUGUAUCAUCUUAUUUGCGUAUCAUCAUGUGUUAAAAAAUAAAUCGAAAGUACAAGACUAUCAUGGCAGCUGGAAUUGCAAAUUCUUACAAUACAAUGAUUGGUGCCAAUUUAAGAUUCGGAAUUGGAGCCUCUGGAAAUGUUACCUCAAAUGCAAGUAAAGUUUUUCAGUGUCAUCCAGGAGGAAAGACGGAGGCAACAAUUAUUUUUGGCUUGGGAACUUUGGGAAUGAGUGCUAAUAUUUUACUGAUGUCGUUAAUAUUAAUUAAACAACAGCUACGAAGAUGGUCCCAGGGACUAUUAUUCCAUCAAGCAUUUAUUGAUUGCUCAAGAGCUGCAAUACUUUUACCUCUUGGUUCGAGUAUUCUCAAGUGUCAACCGAUAAAUAAGUGUUCUUUAGUUGAAACUGCUUUUUUAUUAUUAGUAACUGUUUCAACAGUCAACAUGCUAACUAUUGUACUGAAUGAUAGUCCAGUAUUUCCAGAGUGUGGAGAGGAGACGGAUUUAAUAUUUCCCCUACUAAUGGAUUCACCGCAGUGCGUACUAUUUGGUACGUUCAUGAUAUGGUUUGCAAGUAUCACAAUUAAUCUGGGCCCAACUUUCUUAAGUGGAGCUUUGGCAGCAAAUACGGAUACGGUUCAGAAUGCACCAAGCUGUCCAUUAGUCCAUGGACCAUUUCGACAUUACAUUCUAAAUGUACUGUGGAUCGCUGUUAAUAUUAUUUGCAUUGUCUUAACAUUAUUUCACUUAAAAAAAUUGCACAGGGAUUUGACAAAAGCGAAUGUUGAAGCGGUUAGAGUUGCUGGCCUAGUUACCACUCUUGUUAGCGUGACUGGAGGGCAUAGUGUCAUGGAGGGAACAAUUACUGAAACACGGCCUACAAAUUCUGCAUCUAAGGAUGACGGAGCAAUUGCAGAACACCGAAAAAUGAGAAAUUAUUUUCGACGGAUGGAAAGAGAUGGUGUGCAAAGAGUAAAAAUGUUCUUAGUAAUAACAGCUGCUUAUGUGCUCUUUUGGGGACCCCUCUUUUUUGUAACUCUAGUACAACAUCCUUCUAUAGGAAACCCUACUGGCUAUGAGGUAACACUUCAUAUAGCCUACGUUCAUGCAUUCGUAAAUCCCGUCUUAUUUCUAACUCUUCAUCGAGGACUCCGGAAUUGUUUAAUGGAAUUUUGUUGUGGCUGCUGCAUAAGCUUUGUAAAAUAUUUAAUGGAUAAUCCACCACCAAAUCCUGUUGAAUCUGCACCCUCAGUUAUAUGCGAUGCUUCAACAGCAAUACCAAUGCGACAGGAUUCUGAUUUCAGAGAACGGAUUUCAAGUCUACAUGACUACAAAAACAUUGUUUUACUAAAACCGCCAAUAUCACCACCACCAUUGCCACAAAUGAUGGAACGGGAAGUACCGGAUAAUAUUUGGCGAUCAAUUUGUCGUCAACAACUAAAUGAACAACGUGAGGAACCAAAACUCAGAAUUCCUGAAGCUUUACUCCCAUCGACACUCGACUUCAAUGAUCUGCAUUGCGUAUUUACACCUGUAAGCAGUGAUAUAUCAAGUGAAUGAAAACAAAAAAUUAGUGUACUGAAGGAAAUAGAACAGCACAAUAGACAGUUUUUGCAAGUGAUUCUCCUUAAAUAAAAUUUAUGUUCAUGACAAAUAUUUAUUGUGAGAAAUAAUUUAUACUUUGUCACAUUUCUGAUUAUAUUUAAUGAUUGUAUUAAAGUCUAAAUCUAUUUAAAAAUAAAUAUGCACA